CUUCCUUCCUCUCAAACUUACUUAUUGGCAUUUCUUUUCUACUCUUCUUUACUUUACAUCAUCCAUGAUACCACCACCAAACAGCAGUAGCAAUCCUACCAGCAAUAGUAAUACUACUAGUGGCUUUAGUUGGGGUACUGCUGCUGCCACUAGAAGACUGCCGGCAGUCUUGAUACCUCCAGCUAUGACAACUGAAACAACCUCGUCACUUGAAGAAAUCAUUCGCCAGUACAAUCAGAAACCAGAGCUAAUGGAACUGAUACUGAUGAGCAAGGUUCAAGAAGAUCGACGACGUGCAGAAGAAGCAAAGCUGCGCAGUAAAGAGAUCGACUAUAUUCUCCAGCGAGAACAACAACGACCGUCAUCAUCAUCAUCAGCAUCAUCAUCAUCACCUCAUUCGCCCGACAUGCAUCAUAAUCAUCAUCAUAGUCAUCACCAUCAUAAUCAUGAAUCAAAUCAUCAACAGCAUCGUCAUUCUCUUCCAUCUUUACCAGCAAUCCUGGACCUUGACAAAACAGUUUCCGCACCAUAUCACUCACCGUCACUCACCAGCUCUUCGUUUGGCUCGCCGCGGUCAAUCCCUGAACAAGCGCCGGUCGCUGCCACUUUAGCUUCACCGCAACACCCUUCGCGCGAUGAGCUUUUACACCCGACAACGCUGCUUCAUCCUACUACUGCUAAUAAUGAUCGCUUAUUACCAACAAUCAUAGCAGUAGAUAGUUCGCCAGAACGGCCAACAUCGCCAGUCGUUUCGGCAAGCCAAGAAAUCCGCCAACUUAUCGCUUCACGAAAGAGGUUAUCAAGUAGUGGAGCACCCACAAGCGAACCGUACCCGUAUGGCAGCAACAACAACAACAACAGUAAUAAUAGUACUAGCUUUUCAACAGCACCAGUAAUACUCGAUAACUACCGUCAGAGCGACAAACGACAAAGUUUUCACGAGGACGAGCAAAGCCAUAAUAACGACGCACAACAGCAACAGCAACAGCAACCCGAUAACAACAAAGCUCAUAUUUACCAUUACUAUUACGGACCGACAACACCACCAAACAAGCUUCCUUUACCUCCAGUGUCACAGCCUGUCAUGACAACCACAGCCUCGCUGUCUUCAAGACCGGGAUCAAAUAUUACAACACACAGCCGACCUUUCGCAAAACGGAGGCGACGCGAGAUGCAAGCCAUUACCAUGAUCAUUGAAACCCGCGAGUUUCCUUACAACGACGAUUAUCUCUGGAAGAACAACGGCAACACGAUCCAUAAAGGUUCAGGCAACAAAAGCAUAUACUACAAGUGUGCCAAUAAUCAAAAGGGUUGUCCUGUCAACAAAACAGUGACAUUCAAAGAUAAUGGCGAAUACUUGAUCAAAUACAGAGGAAAGCACCUCAACGAUUGUAGUCGAAUAAAACGAGUUGUUGAUGUUUGAAGAACGGAGAACUUCAUACAAACAUACAUGCACUCACGUUUUGUGUGUUUUGAGUCCGUAUGUGCACUGUGUGUGUGAAUACAUGUGUCUUCUUCCUUUGAGUUCCAACAAGAUGCUCACUUGGUGCUCCUUCACACCUCCUUGGCUGCGCUCCAUUUCGCCGCCAACAUCCGCGUUUUUUCUGUCUUUUUAGUGAAAUAUGUGCUCGAUUUAUGAUGGAUGACUCAAUUUGUGCGCCUUCUGUAUCAACAACAUACACAAAAUUCCUGAUUUAGCCAUACGGGGAACCUCGCGAUGAGCCGACAUUAUGGGCGACUAAGUUUUGUG